GACUGUGGUGCUGGAGGCAGACGGUGGUGGCCCAGCCGUGGCUGGGACCUUCCUGGGGCUCCAGGCUGCUGCUGAGGGCAUCUGUGUCCUUGCAGGUUGUGCAGCCUGACCUUGAAGAAGCUGGUAGUCUUCAAGGAGCUGGAGAAGGAGCUCAUCUCUGUGGUGAUUGCCGUGAAGAUGCAGGGCUCCAAGCGCGUCCUGCGGUCCCACGAGAUUGUGCUGCCCCCCAGCGGACAAGUGGAGACUGACCUGGCUCUGACCUUCUCGCUGCAGUACCCCCACUUCCUGAAGCGGGAGGGCAACAAGCUGCAGAUCAUGUUGCAGCGGAGGAAACGCUAUAAGAACCGGACCAUCCUGGGCUACAAGACGCUGGCCGCCGGUGCCAUCCACAUGGCUGAGGUGAUGCAGCGGCCCCCCGAGGGCGGCCAGGUGCUGAGCCUCUGCAGCAGCGUCAAGGAGGCCUCUGCCAAGGUAGCCGAGAUCUGGAUCUUCUCCCUGUCCAGCCAGCCCAUCGACCACGAGGACAGCACCAUGCAGGCCGGCCCCAAGGCCAAGGCCACGGAUAACUACUCCGAGGAGGAGUAUGAGAGCUUCUCCUCUGAACAGGAGGCCAGUGACGACGCCGCACACGGGCAGGACCUAGAUGAAGACGACUCUGACGUAGGGAAGCCCCAGCAGCGGCGAUCGACAGUGAGAACCACGUCCAUGACCAGGCAACAGAACUUCAAGCAGAAAGUCGUGGCCCUGCUGCGCAGGUUCAAAGUGUCCGAGGAGGUCCUGGACUCAGAGCAGGACCCUGCGGAGCAUGUCCCCGAGGCGGAGGAGGACCUGGACCUUCUGUACGACACGCUGGACAUGGAGAACCCCAGCGACAGCGGCCCAGACAUGGAAGAUGACGACAGCGUCCUCAGCACCCCCAAGCCCAAGCUCAGGCCGUACUUCGAAGGCCUGUCGCACUCCAGCUCGCAGACGGAGAUCGGCAGCAUCCACAGCGCCCGGAGUCAGAGGGAGCCUCCAAGCCCGGCUGACAUGCCCGAGAAGGCGCGGGCCCUGGGCGGCAAGCAGCCAGGCGACGGCAUCUGCGACCCGGUGGCCCACAGCACGCCCGCCCCCGGGGAGCCGCCGCUGCAGCCCCCGCAGCCCGAGGACAGCCCGGAGCCAGAGCCCUCCGCCCUGGACGUGUUCACCGAGAGGCUGCCGCCCAGCGGGCGGAUCACCAAGACCGAGUCCCUCGUGAUCCCCUCCACCAGGUCCGAGGGGAAGCAGGCCGGCCGCCGAGGCCGGAGCACGUCCCUGAAGGAGCGGCAGCCGGCGCGGCCACAGAACGAGCGAGCCAACAGCCUGGACAACGAGCGCUGCCCGGAUACGCGGAGCCAGCUGCAGAUCCCCAGGAAGACCGUGUACGACCAGCUGAACCACAUUCUCGUCUCCGACGAUCGGCUGCCCGAGAGCAUCAUCCUUGUCAACACCUCCGACUGGCAGGGGCAGUUCCUGUCGGACGUCCUGCAGCGGCACUCGCUGCCCGUGGUGUGCACCUGCUCCGCCGCCGACGUCCAGGCCGCCUUCAGCACCAUUGUCUCGCGGAUACAGAGAUACUGCAACUGCAACUCCCAGCCCCCGACGCCCGUGAAGAUCGCGGUGGCCGGGGCGCAGCACUACCUCAGCGCGGUGCUACGGCUCUUCGUGGAGCAGCUGUCCCACAAGACGCCCGACUGGCUGGGCUACAUGCGCUUCCUGGUCAUCCCGCUGGGUUCCCACCCCGUGGCCAGGUACCUGGGCUCCGUGGAUUACCGCUACAACAACUUCUUCCAGGACCUGGCCUGGCGGGACCUGUUCAACAAGCUGGAGGCCCAGAGCGCCGUGCAGGACACGCUGGACAUCGUGUCAAGGAUCACUCAGUACAUCGCGGGGGCCAACUGCGCCCACCAGCUGCCCAUCGCCGAGGCCAUGCUCACCUACAAGCAGAAGAGCCCCGACGAGGAGUCCUCGCAGAAGUUUAUUCCCUUCGUGGGGGUGGUGAAAGUUGGAAUAGUGGAACCGUCCUCGGCCACGUCAGGAGACUCCGAUGACGCGGCCCCCUCGGGCUCCAGCGUGCUGUCGUCCACCCCCCCAUCCACGUCUCCCGCUGCCAAGGAGGCCUCGCCCACCCCCCCCUCCUCCCCGUCAGUGAGCGGGGGCCUGUCCUCCCCCAGCCAGGGCGUUGGUGCCGAGCUGAUGGGGCUGCAGGUGGAUUACUGGACGGCGGCCCCGCCCACAGACAGGAAGAGAGACGCGGAAAAGAAGGACCUGCCCACCGCCAAAAACACACUCAAGUGCACCUUCCGGUCUCUCCAGGUCAGCAGGCUGCCCAGCAGUGGUGAGGCCACAGCCACGCCCACCAUGUCCAUGACUGUGGUCACCAAGGAGAAGAACAAAAAGGUGAUGUUUCUGCCCAAGAAAACCAGGGACAAGGACCUGGAGUCCAAAAGCCAGUGCAUCGAGGGCAUCAGCCGGCUGAUCUGCACGGCCAAGCACCAGCAAAACAUGCUGCGGGUGCUCAUUGAUGGCGUGGAGUGGAACGACGUGAAGUUCUUCCAGCUGGCAGCCCAGUGGUCCUCCCACGUCAAGCACUUCCCCAUCUGCAUCUUCGGACACUCCAAGUCCACCUUCUAGCCCUGCCCGCUGUGGCCAUGGCUGUGGCCGUGGCUGAGCCGGGAGGACCCAGCUGCUUUCCUGUUAACAUUUCAGUUUACUACAGAGACAGACCCUGGAAACACAAAGAGAAACCGUCUUAAGUGUGAAUGUGCUCACAACCUGGAAACUAACGGGGGGCCCCACAGGGAGCCCCCAACUGCUCUGCUUAUUAACCAGAACACCCUGGCGGGUGGGAGGUCAGGCGGACAGUGUUAAGCUGGAGAAUCGUGGAAGUGUGUUUUGGCCUCAGGACCCCCGACACUCCCAGCGAGAAGGGUUCUCGCCUUCUCGACCUGCCCUCCCUGGAAGCCAGGACUCUGCUUCCCGGGGAGCCAGCUCUGGCACGUGCCCAGACUCAGAGCUGGGCAGCCAGAGGCCAAGAGUUGGCCUCCCAUCGGAGGCAUCCUGAGAACACGGAGGCCCGUCAGCCCAGCCCUGGGCCCCAGCCGCCAACCAGCCAAGUGGCCCCAGCACCACCCACUUGUGGUUCCCAAUAAACUGCAGCCCCACGGGGCAGCGGAGGUUUUACAGUAGCAGAUAUUUUUAAUGCUUUUAAAUACAUGUUACAAUGUAGCUGCCAAACUCA